AUGGAGAAAUUUGGCAAGGAGUUUAGGGCAAAGUACUUUACCAAUUUAGAUAAGGAUGUAUACCCAGUAAACCAUGGAUCAUACGGAUUAACACCUACACCACUCCAUGAGAAGUACUUGGAAAUUAUCACCAAUCACGCUAGCUACCCCGAUAGAUACAUGAAGCAGGAGCAGAGGGAGAAAUAUAUUCAAAGUUUGCAAGCGUUAUCCCAGAUCUUGAACUGCGACUAUCAUAGUUUGGCUAUUGUUGAAAACGCAACCACUGGUAUCAACACAGUUUUGAGAAGCUAUCCUUUUCAGAAGGGGGAUUCAAUCGUUAUGCAAAGCACAGUAUACGGAGCAUGUGGAAAUACUGUCAAGUUUUUGAAAGAUCAGUAUGAGAUUGACUUUCAUGUAGUUGAGAUAAACUACCCCAUAACUGAUAAGGAAAUUGUGGCCAAGUUUGAAGCAGUAUUCAAGGGGGUGAAGCCAAAAUUGUGCAUGUUUGAUACAAUUUCAUCAAUGCCAGGUGUCAUCUUUCCCUACAACGAAAUGACACAAUUGUGUCACAAGUACAAGGUUUUAUCGUUGAUUGAUGGUGCCCAUGGAAUUGGAUGUAUCCCCCAGGACUUGUCAGCACUCAGACCCGAUUUUUAUGUUAGCAAUUUGCAUAAGUGGUAUUUUGUGCCCUUUGGUUGUGCUGUAUUGUAUGUUGAUCCGAAACACCACAAGUAUAUCCAUACUUUGCCAGUAAGUCACUCGUACUUGCCAUCUACUAUUGAGUUAUCCAAAGAGGACGAAAAGAACAGAUUGGUUGAUCGGUUCUUCUUCACUGGUACCAAAAACUUUGCCUCAAUUGAAGUAAUUCCUUACGCGUUGGAGUUUAGACAGCAGGUCUGCGGAGGUGAAAAGGCCAUCUAUGAUUACUGUCACAACUUGGCUGUACAAGUAGGUGAUUUGGUCAGUAAGAAGUGGGGGACAUCUGUUUUAGACCAGAAGAAUGCUACCCAAAUUAGUACGAUGGUGACAGUGCCAGUACCUAUCGAGGUAUCUGCAUUCAUCGAAAACUGGACCAAGUAUGAUAAUUUGGUUUAUGCCAAGUGUUUUGAUAAAAUGGCCUACACGCCAUGUAUUGCACAUAACGGGAAAUUGUUGGCUCGAUUCUCGUGUCAAGUUUAUAACGAAUUGAGCGAUUACGACUAUGCCAGUGAUGUGUUACUCGAAGCUUUAAAUGAUGUUACUAAGGAGGAGAAAUUGAUGAGGUAG